CUUUCUAAAAUUGGAUUUAUAAACUUUUAUAUGAGUGAAUUUAUUUUAUUAAAAGUACGACAACAAUAAACAGAGCGUCAUGGAACGUGAAUUACAUAAACGAGAUCGUGUAGGAGUGCAAGAUUUUGUGUUGUUAGAAGAUUUUGAAAGUGAAGAAGCAUUUGUUGAUAACUUACGUAAACGUUUUAACGAAAAUUUAAUUUAUACUUAUAUUGGACCAGUAUUAGUUUCUGUAAAUCCUUACAAAGAAUUACCAAUUUAUACACCGGAAUUUAUAAAAGAAUACAAAAAUAAACAUCUUUAUGAGACACCGCCUCAUAUCUAUGCGAUUGCAGAUACUGCUUAUAGAUCACUUACCGAAGAAAAUCGAGAACAAUGUAUUCUCAUAUCAGGUGAAUCCGGUUCAGGGAAAACAGAAGCAUCAAAAAUUGUCUUACAAUUUAUAGCAGCCGUAACCAGUCAAAAAAACAAUAUUGAAAAUGUAAAAAAUAAAUUAUUACAAUCGAAUCCAGUAUUAGAAGUAUUUGGUAAUGCAAAAACAAUACGUAAUGAUAAUUCAAGUCGUUUUGGUAAAUACAUGGAUAUACAAUUUAAUUAUAUUGGUGAUCCGGUUGGCGGUAACAUAUUAAAUUAUCUAUUGGAAAAGUCACGUGUUAUACAUCAAUCGACUGGCGAACGUAAUUUUCAUAUAUUUUAUCAGCUAUUAAGUGGUGCAACUCAAGAUGAACUAAAUGAAUAUCAUUUGAAACGUGAUUAUAGUUCAUAUGUUUAUCUUAGUAAUGGUGAAAAGGACAAUGGGCGUACAACUGAUUUACAACAUUUUAAUGAAAUAAAACGAGCUAUGUCGACAAUUGAAAUAAAUGAACAAGAGCAAAAACAAAUUUUUAGUAUUGUUGCAAGUAUUCUUCACAUGGGUAAUAUUGGAUUCACUGAGCAUGAAGGUUGUGCUCAAAUAAUAAAACAAGAACCAGUUGAUAUCAUUGCAAAGUUGUUGGGAUGUGAUGCACAAGUUUUAGCACAAGCGCUAACACAUCGUACAAUAAUUGCACAAGGCCAAACAGUUGUAUCUCCAUUAAAUCGUGAAAUGGCAAUAUUCGCUCGUGAUGCCUUAGCGAAGGCUGUAUAUGAUCGCCUAUUCACAUGGCUUGUAAAUCGUAUCAAUAAUUCAUUGCAACCACAAUACGAACGUAAAACUACUGUAAUGGGAAUUUUGGAUAUAUAUGGUUUUGAAAUCUUCCAAAAGAAUAGUUUUGAACAAUUUUGUAUAAAUUUCUGUAAUGAAAAGUUACAACAAUUGUUUAUUGAGUUAACAUUGAAAUCCGAGCAAGAAGAAUAUUUCCGGGAAGGUAUUGAAUGGGAAACUAUUGAGUAUUUUAAUAAUAAAGUCAUUUGUGAUUUAAUUGAAGAAAAACAUAAAGGAAUAAUAUCCUUAUUGAAUGAAGAAUGUUUACGGCCAGGAGAUGCAAAUGAUAGAACUUUCUUAGAAAAGUUGAAAAAAAAUUUAACAUACCAUAACCAUUUUAUUAGCCAUGAAAAAUCUGAUAUCCAAACCCAAAAAAUAAUGGGCCGUGAUGAAUUUCGACUUGUUCAUUAUGCAGGUGAAGUCACCUAUAAAGUGCAUGGUUUCAUUGAAAAGAAUAAUGAUUUAUUAUUCCGUGAUUUACGUGAAGUUAUGUCCACAACCUCGAACAGCAUUACAAAAGCCGUAUUUUUGGUUGAUGAUUUAAACAGUAAGAAACGACCAGAAACUGCCAUAACACAAUUUAAAAAUUCUUUAAAUAAAUUAAUGGAUAUAUUGCUUGGAAAAGAACCUUCGUACAUACGUUGUAUUAAACCAAAUGAUUUUAAAAGCUCAGGUCAAUUCAAUAAUAAAAUUGUAACCCAUCAAGUUAAGUAUUUGGGAUUAAUGGAAAAUUUACGAGUUCGUCGUGCUGGUUUCGCCUAUCGACGUAAAUAUGAAGCAUUUUUACAACGAUACAAAUGUUUAUCGCCAAUGACAUGGCCAAACUUCCGUGGACCUGCAAAAGAAGGUGUACAACACAUUGUUUGUUCGUUGGGUUAUAAUAAGGAUGAAUAUCGAAUGGGAAAAACUAAACUAUUCAUUCGUUUCCCAAAAACUUUAUUCGACACGGAAGAUGCAUUCCAAGAGAAGAAACAUGUUAUUGCAUCUAUUAUUCAAUCUGUAUGGAAAGGAUAUGUCCAACGGCGAUUGUACUUAAAACAAAAGGCAUCCGCGAUUAUCAUGCAAAAAUGGAUACGACGAUUUUUAGCCCAAAAGGAGGCCGAACAAAGGAAACAUGCAGUACUCGUUAUUCGAAAAUUCAUAAAAGGUUUUAUCACACGAAAUGGGGAACCGAACGAGGAUAACAAGGCAUUUGUUGAAUUAGCGAAAGUUCAAUGGUUGAAGAAAUUAGCAAAAUCAUUACCACAAAAUGUUUUAAAUACAAGUUGGCCACCAUGUCCUUACUCGUGCCGCGAAGCAUCCAAACAUCUUCAUCGAUAUCAUCGUAAUCAUUUAGCAAGAAAAUAUCGUUUAGCAUUGACAGCAGAGAAAAAACAUCGAUUCGAGUUAAAAGUGCUUGCUGAGCAAACAUUUAAAGGUAAAAAGAAAAGUUACACAGAAAGUAUCCCCGAAUGGUUUAAAGAUAAUCGUUUAUCACCCGAAAUGGGACCACAAAGGACAUUGUUUAUGUCAACAACAUUAUUAUCAACUCAAGAAAAAAUUGAGUAUUCAACUAUGGUUGUAAAAUAUGAUCGACAUGGUUAUAAAUCCAGGGAUCGUGUAUUUGUUUUAACCCAAAAGAAUUUGUAUAUAUUAGAUCCAAAAACCUUUAAAACAAAACAUCGAUUACCAUUAAAUUAUUUGGAGUUUGUUGUUACAAAUGAAUCAGAUGAUAUUUGUUUAGUACGUAUACCUCAAGAACUUAAAAAUGAUAAGGGUGAUUUAAUAUUAGAAAUACCUCGUUUAAUUGAAACACUUACAAUGGUUGUAAAUACUAUGAAGAAUAAAAUGAUUGUAAAUAUUGUCAACACAAAAUCAAUCACACAUAAAUUAAUGAAUGGAAAAGAAGGAUUUAUCGAUAUUACAGUUGGCAAUAAUCCUGAUGUUUUUAAAAACAAAGAUGGGCACCUACUUAUUGUAUCAAAACCGUAAAAAUAAUAAUGUAUACAAAAUAUAAAGUACAAUUUAAACAAGAAAGGUAUACGUUCCUACAUAAAAUACCGUAUUUAGGCGUAUAUUCCGUUCAUAUUGGCCAUAUUUAUUUAUAAUUGUAAAAACUUAGAAA